AUGGGAAUUUUUUUCUCUAAACCAGCUUCUCAAGCCCAAAAUUCUACUCAAGCUUCCCUCGAGCAAAACUCAUCACAUACAACUCCCUCAAAUCUUAAAAUUCAGUAUACAACGUUUGAAAAAGAAGAUCUAAAAAUAUUAAUUUUAGGUCCUGGUGAAUCAGGAAAAUCCACAUACUGGAGGCAAUUACGUAAUAUUUAUGCAGGCGGCUUGACGAAGAAAGAAAAGAUGAAUUUAAUUCCUGCUAUCAGAAUCAACUUAAUAGCAGAUAUCAAAACAAUUAUUGAGAGCUCACAAACUUUAAUGAUCCAACUGAGCUCUUCAUGUGCUAAUGAAGUCGACUUACUCCAAAAUAUCGAAAUUUCAGACACAGAGCUUACACCAGACGUUGCUCAGGCAAUUGCCAAAGUCUGGAGUGAACCAAGCGCAAAGAUUAUAUACGAUCAGAUCCAUUCAAGUUCUUUAUCGGAUCAUUCUGCUUAUUUCCUUGAUUCUGCCGCAAGGAUUGCAAGUUCUGAUUUUAUGCCUGAUGACAGAGAUGUGAUUCUCUCAAGAAUUCGCACUCUUGGUGUUAAUGAUAUCAAAUUUGACGUAAAUGGCCAAAAAGUCUUACUUGUUGAUGUUGGUGGACAGAGAUGUGAGCGUCCAAAAUGGAAGUCUGUUUUCCAAAAUGUUACAGCUAUUAUUUUUGUUGUUUCUUUAUCUGAUUUUGAUCAAUGCAUGUUUGAAAACUCUGAAGAACGCAGAACUACAGACUCUCUCGAAUUAUUCAAAACUACUGUCAAUCAGCCGUAUUUCCAGUCAAAACCAGUUUAUCUGAUCCUAAACAAAGAAGAUGAGCUUAAGAAGAAGAUCAAAACAUCUCCAGAUGCAUUUAAAUCGGCCUAUCCAGGAUUUACUGGGGAUAUUAACAACUCACAAGAAGUUAUUGAGUAUAUUCAAAAUCAAUACCUUGCCCUCGCAGAAAAUCGUGGUGAAGGGGCUGAAGUUACACCAUUUGUUACAUGUGCUGUAGAUCCUGAGAUUCUGAAGAACUCAUUCGAAAAAUUGUCAAGAAAAUUACUUAAUAUCUCUGAAUAA